CGACACGUUCCUUCGUCCAAACAUGGCUUUUCCUGGAGCCACACCCACUUCCUGUACGUGCCGGUCUGGAAUGAGACCAGCAAAAUUGUCCGACUAGUCCCUCUCGAAAGGAGGCGACUGGGGCAAUUAGUUCCCUUUCUCCGAUACUUGAAUCUCUGGUGGACCUCCGGAACCCUAAAUUCGUAUUGUUCUCUAACAGAGUUUUGCUUCCCCAGUAUUGCCAAACUCCCGGUCCUGUGCACCAAUGAGGCCUAAGUCUUACGACUCUUUUCCGAGAGUAAAUUUGGCAGUCCAUAACUGUUUCCGGGAGGAACGGAGAAGGUGAUGCUCACUUCCGGCGGAGGGAGGCUCUCCGACCCGGGAUGGAGGAGGUGGCGGAGCUGCUCUUGGAAGGGGAGAAGCUGCACUUCGCCCCGGAGCCGAGCCCGAACCCGGGCUCAGGAUGGAGCCCGUCCGGAGAAGGUCGUGCCCAGGACCUCAAAGACUUCCCGCCCUGGCCGAUCCGAGCCGUCCUCGCUCUGAAGAGCCUCCCACGGGGUUUAGCCCUUGGCCCGUCACUGAUGGAAAAACAGCGCUUGGGGGUCUGGUGUGUCGGGGAGCCUCUGCAGCCAGGAGUGCUCUGGGGGCCGCUGGAAGAGGAGGAGUCCGGCUCCAAGCAGAAGGGCGAGGGGGUGAAACCACGGCAGAAGAAGGACGUGUCACUAGGCCCAUGGGGAGACGUGUGUGCUUGUGAGCAGAGUUCAGGCUGGACCAGUUUGGUGCAGCGGGGCAGGCUGGAGGGUGAGGGAAACGUGGCCCCGGUGCGGAUCAGCGAGAGGCUCCACCUGCAGGUGUACCGGGUCGUGCUGCCGGGCUUUGAGCUGCUGCUGCGGCCCUGGUCUCCCUCCGAGGUGACUGUGGUGACAGAAGUGGAAUCUGCUGGUCAACAGGAAGUGGCCUCUCCUGGGGAGGAUGCAGGAGAGCCUCGUACAGCACUCCACUCUUGCUCCGCAGGCCCUGGUCUCCAGUCACCCCCUGGCAUCCAGGCAGAGAAUAUGGUGAGCUCCGGACUUAACCCCCAAACCCAGGACCAGCUUUCCCAGGAGAGCCAGUCACCUGGUCCACUGUCUCAGGGUGGCAGCGUGGAUGAGGAGGACCCGCCCCCGACACAGAUGCCAGCUGAGCCUCAGAGCAGCUCCGCUCCCCAGCGGGGCCUCCAGAGCAGUGAGGCAACUUCCUCGUCUUCUGCCGGCGGCACCGAGGUGCAUGCUCACCUGGUCAAGACGUCACGUAGCCCCAGUGACCCGUGCUGGCCCAGAGCAAAGACCUCAGGGCCCAGUGCCCAGCAAGAUGGGGAGCAGCACCCCAGCCUCUCUGCACGCUUGCGGAGCCCUCCUGGCCCGGCGGGAAGCUCCCCAAAACAGGGGCGACGGUACCGGUGUGGGGAGUGUGGCAAAGCCUUCCUGCAGCUGUGCCACCUGAAGAAGCAUGCGUUUGUGCACACAGGCCACAAGCCCUUCCUUUGCACAGAGUGUGGCAAGAGCUACAGCUCAGAGGAGAGCUUCAAAGCCCACAUGUUGGGCCACCGCGGGGUGCGGCCCUUUCCCUGCCCACAAUGUGACAAGGCCUAUGGCACCCGGCGAGACCUCAGAGAACACCAAGUGGUACAUUCAGGUGCCCGACCUUUUGCUUGUGACCAGUGUGGCAAGGCCUUCGCCCGCCGGCCUUCCCUGAGACUGCAUCGCAAGACCCAUCAGGUGCCAGCUGCCCCUGCCCCAUGCCCGUGCCCCGUAUGUGGGCGGCCGCUGGCCAGCCAGGGCUCCCUGCGAAACCACAUGCGGCUCCACACGGGGGAAAAGCCCUUCCUGUGCCCACACUGUGGCCGGGCAUUCCGCCAGCGGGGCAGCCUGCGUGGGCACCUGCGACUGCACACGGGGGAGCGUCCCUACCGCUGCCCGCACUGUGCUGGCGCCUUCCCCCAGCUGCCCGAACUGCGGCGCCACCUCAUCUCCCACACCGGGGAGGCCCACCUGUGCCCCGUGUGUGGCAAGGCCCUCCGGGACCCGCACACGCUGCGUGCUCAUGAGCGCCUGCACUCGGGAGAGAGGCCCUUCCCCUGCCCCCAGUGUGGCCGUGCUUACACACUGGCCACCAAGCUGAGACGCCACCUCAAAUCCCACCUGGCCGACAAGCCCUACCGCUGCCCUACCUGUGGCAUGGGCUAUACCCUCCCCCAGAGCCUCAAGCGGCACCUGCUCAGUCACCAACCGGGGGUGCCCUCCAGCCCCCCUUGUGUGCCUCCUGCUGCUUCUGAGCCCACUGUGGUCUUACUGCAGACUGAGCCAGAAUUGCUGGGCACACGCAACGAACAGACCGUCUGCCCAGCCCAGGACGUCUUCGAGGUCACCAUUUCUGAGAGCCAGGAGAAGUGCUUUGUGGUCCCGGAAGAGCUGGGCCCCGCCCCCAGCCUGGUGUUCAUCCAUAAGGACGUGGGCUGUAGCACCUGGGCAGAAGUGGUAGAGGUGGAGACGGGCACCUGACACCCUCGCCUGUCCCUCGCAGAGCUCUGUAUAAAGACUGGUGUUUUCUGUGUG